GCAAUACACACAGCAACACGAAUACACUAGACUACACCCAACCAAAGCAUAUCUCUUCACGCAUUUCCUCUCCUCUUAUAUUAUUCUCCCUUCGCCUCUCUUUCCCUUAUCUCCAUACCUUCCCUUCCUUCAACUCACCGAGUUCACUCCCAUUUCCAAACGAGUUACGUCAUGAAGGGAGCCAAAUCCAAGUCCGACACCAAAAAAGCCGAUAGCAGGCUUGCUGUGAAGAAGAAAGCAGCGCCGGCUCCGAAGAAAGCUCCGGCGAAGAAGGCUAAGGAAGCGAAGGAUCCUAACAAACCGAAGAGGCCUGCUAGUGCUUUCUUCAUCUUCAUGGAGGAUUUCCGGACACAGUACAAGGAAAAGCACCCUAACAACAAAUCCGUGUCUGUUGUCGGGAAAGCUGGUGGUGAUAAAUGGAAAUCCCUUUCUGCUGCUGAGAAAGCCCCAUUUGCAGCUAAAGCAGAGAAGAGGAAGGCCGAAUACGAGAAAACACUCCAGGCAUACAACAAGAAACUGGCUGAAGGAAAGGACGCUGAAGAGGAAGAAGACGAGGAAUCUGACAAGUCAAAGUCGGAAGUCCAUGACGAUGAAGAAGAUGAUGAUGAUAGUGCAGAUGAUGAUGAUGAUGAAGACGAUGAGUGAAAAGAAAAGAAGAAUAUGUAAAACAAGAAUUUGGGAUCUUAAAUUAAAAGUUUUUGUAAGCCUUCUUUUUAAGAGAAGGUUAAUUUGGAAGUGAAAAAUAUCCUCAAUCUUAUGUGUACUUUUAAUCCGUAAUUUCAUCUCAAUGAUAAUUGUAGCUUUUAGAUUUAUAA